AUGUCGGCGGCGGACCUGGCCCAGUCGCCCGGCCCUCCCGGCAACUUUGCGAAGCGGCUCCUGGUCACCGGGGGUGCAGGUUUCAUUGCAUCACAUGUGAUUGUUUCUUUAGUAGAAGAUUAUCCAAACUAUAUGAUCAUAAAUCUAGACAAGCUGGACUACUGUGCAAGUUUGAAGAAUCUUGAAACCAUUUCUGCCAAACAAAACUAUAAAUUUAUACAGGGUGACAUUUGUGAUUCUCACUUUGUGAAGCUGCUUUUUGAAACACAGAAAAUAGAUAUAGUACUGCAUUUUGCUGCACAAACACAUGUAGAUCUCUCCUUUGUCCGUGCCUUUGAGUUUACAUAUGUUAAUGUUUACGGCACGCACGUUUUGGUGAGUGCUGCUUAUGAAGCCAGAGUGGAGAAAUUCAUUUAUGUCAGCACUGAUGAAGUGUACGGAGGCAGUCUCGAUGAGGUAUUUGAUGAAUCUUCACCCAAACAACCUACAAAUCCUUAUGCAUCAUCGAAAGCAGAUGCUGAAUGCUUUGUGCAGUCCUACUGGGAACGAUAUAAGUUUCCAGUUGUCAUCACAAGAAGCAGUAAUGUUUAUGGGCCACAUCAGUAUCCAGAAAAGGUUAUACCAAAAUUUAUAUCUUUACUACAACACAACAGGAAAUGCUGCAUUCAUGGGUCAGGACUCCAAACCAGGAAUUUCCUCUAUGCCGCUGACGUAGUAGAGGCAUUCCUCACUGUCCUCAAGAAGGGGAAGCCAGGUGAAAUUUAUAACAUUGGAACCAACUUUGAACUGUCAGUUGUCCAGCUUGCCAAAGAACUAAUACAGCUGAUCAAAGAAACCAAUUCAGAGUCUGAAAUGGAAAACUGGGUAGAUUAUGUUCAUGAUAGACCUACAAAUGACAUGAGAUAUCCGAUGAAGUCAGAAAAAAUACAUGGCUUAGGAUGGAGACCGAAAGUGCCUUGGAAAGAUGGCAUCAAGAAAACAAUUGAGUGGUACCGAGAGAAUUUUCACAACUGGAAGAAUGCAGAAAAGGCACUAGAACCCUUCCCAGUACAAUCAACUAUUCUGUAAUCUGGAGAGAUUUGUGGGGAGAAAGAAGAAAAUUACCCUACCUCGACAAGUAAUAAGAAAUCAAGAGACCAAAUGAAAAUCUCCUCUUCUCAUUUGGAAUUAGAUUCCUGACCUACAGUGUAACAUUCAGACACAAACUCCUUCAGUAUUUGGAAGCUUUGGUAUUGGAAAUGUCCUGUACCAGCACAGGACUUAAGUAUGAAAAUCCUUUCAGGAACCUAGUAGAAAGACAACGCCUUACAGCUGGGUUGCGUAUGACGUGCUGGUUCUGAGAACAGAGGUCAGGGCUCUGGGAGGAUGACUGCAUUUUAUCCUGUUGAACUCAAGCUGCUUCCAAGCCUUUCCCACCGCCUGCGAAGUUCCCAUUUUUAAGCAAUAUAGGAUGAGCUUUAUGCCCAAUUACCUUUUUUUUUUUAAGUUAUGUUGUUCUAGAAUUGUUUUCAAAAUGGAAUUAAAUGGUAGCAAGGCUAGCACUUUUUAACGUUUGAUAUUUUUGUAAAAUUAAGUGAACUUUUUUUAAGUGAAUGUCAAGUUUUUGUAUUUUUAUAAUCAUUGUGGGAAUAUAUAUAUAUAAAUGACUAUUGAAAUUUUCUCAUGUACUUACUGUUCAAAAUUUUAUUUAUAAAAUUGCCUCUAUUUUAAUGUAUUUAAUAUGCAGUGUGGCUUUUUUUAGUAAUGUAUUCUGCUUAUCAUGCUGCUGAAAAUAAAAUACUGGAUUCCAUAUGUUUUUAAUCGUUGCCUUAAAACCUCCUACUUGAAAAUACAACUGAUUGAAAGUUGAGUUAUGGAGGAAAAGUGAAGGAUUGUGCCCAGUUUUCUGACCUUAGUGCAUGGGUGAUGACGACUUGUUUUCUCUGCAGUAACUGAGUCAUUAACUGAGAGGUUUGAGUAGGAUAAGAUUUUUGAAAUCUGUAGCUUUUCUCUAACAGUACUCAAUAACUUUAUUUUUAAAUCACUUUAUUGGGGGCUCAUACAACUCCUAGCACAAUCCAUCCAUCCACCCAUGUGUCAAACACAUUUGAGUGUCCAAUAACUUUAAAUGUGAAUGAAGAAAAUAGCAGAUAGAUUGAACCAAGACCAGGCAUUGUAUAAAUAAGGCAAGACAGGAAGCUAAAGGGUUGAGGGGAAGAAAAGAAUUUAAUUGAUGUUCCAUAAGUCUUCAAUAUUACAUUGAACUUCCAGUUAUCUUUAGUUCAGUAAAUGGGACUUGAAAAUCAUUCUUGAUACCUUCCUCUUUUUCAUUUCUCUCUCUUCCUACUACAUUCCCCCCAUGCAUUCUGGUACCACUUGUUACAUGUUUAAAGAAUGCGUUGUAUGAGAUGCCCACACUGCUCCUAAUUAGUUGCCAGUUUCCUUUAGUGAAAUGAGAACUUAACUUUCUUGUAUAUCCUCAACAUUUCCUCCCAAUCUUCCUAAAACAGCAAGAUCACAAAUUUUAUAUUUGCAUACUUAAAUUAUUAAAAUUACUUUUUUUUUCAGUAUAGAGGCAAGAUUUGUAAUUUUUAAUCUUGUAAAAU